CCGUUUUUAAAUAUUUAUACAUUUUAAAGUUUUUCUUUAUAGGGUUUUUACAAUUUUUAAUUUACAAAAAUACAGUUUUGCUUACUAACACGUUCCUCGCUUUUUCUUCUUCCUCGAUCACCUUUUUUCUUUGUCUAUUCAUUUUCUUCAUAUUUCUCUCCUUUUUUUAGCUAUCAAAAGCAUGUUACCAUUUUCUCCCCACAAUCUUACUCAUAAUCUUCUCCCCCACAAUUUUCACUCACUUUCUUAAUUAUAUUUUAAAAAAAAUUCAUCACAUUUUUCUCAUAAUGGUUUCUACUCGUUCAAGCUCUUGCUCUCCUCCAUUCCAAAGAAAGUUUCAAAAUUUGAUAAGGCUAAAAAAAUUUCCGUUUCGAAAAGGGAAGUAGAGUUUAAAGUUGACCCCAAACCAAAAUCAAUGGCAAAAAAACCUACUGCCAAACCUUCGAAGGGAUCAUCUUCUAAGAAAAGGGCAGCUUCAAGUGAUGUUGAGGAGCGUAAGUCGAAGAAGUCGAAGCCGGAAUCAGAUGACCGUAAUGAAUCUGAAAUUUCUGAAACUAAGAAAGUCAAGUUGAAGUUGGAGAAUAUAAAACGAAGCGAUGUUGAACAUGUUGUUUUGAAGUUUGAGGACUUUGAUUUCAACACUGAUUUUAAGGAUCAUGGGAAAGGCGAGAUUCAUUCUGAAUCUAAUGUAGAUAUUGGGGAUCAUGACAUGUCAACAACUCCAUCUGUGGGUUGAUUCUAUGUUGAUGAUGUUGGUAUUGAUUGUGUAAAUCAAAGUUCGCAGUGGAAGGGUGACAAUAAAAAUUUAACCAAUGCUUGAUCCAAGAUCACAUAUAUACCUAUACAUUAAAUUAAGAUUCAUAAACAUAGAAUCAUACCUCUCGUAGCUUAUCAAGAAUCCUCACUAUCUUUCUGUAAUUUAACAAUGAACAUCCAAUCCAAUAAGACUGGUUUAAGAUCUACACCAAGAUCUUCAAAGUCAAUCCUCAACACACAAGGACAUAUGUGGACACGUAGGAUAUAGAGAACAAAAUUUAGACUUUC